UUCGUUUUUCCAUUCAGUAGGCCAUUGUUUGGAAAAUUUCGUCCUGGGUAAAAAAUUUCAUUUGGAACUUUGUCCCGAUAGGGUGAAAAUUCUUUGUGUUCUACAAAAUUUCCAUUUUUUUCAAACCUAGCAAAAAAUCCCUGCCAUCAUGACAUCGCUGGAACAAAAACGUGAAGCCUUCCGAAAAUAUCUGGAAUCGGCCGGAGCCAUCGACUGCCUCUCGAAGGCAUUGAUCAAGCUCUAUCAGGAACAGGAGAAACCAGACGAUGCCUGUAAGUUUAUUCGUCAGACCAUGUGCGAGGCUUGUCCCACGGACGAACAAGUGGCCCAGAUGAUCGUUGACCUGGCGGAUGCGAAACAAGAAGUCUGUUGCCUCAAGCGGGAGAUCAUAUCCUAUAAGGGGGAACUCCGCAGGACGGCUAGCGAAGUUGCUCUGGCACUCGAUGAAGGAUUCACAAAGCUGCAAGAGGACGAAGAAUGCAAGUCUCUCCUAAAGAAGCAUCUAACGCAGGAGGUGUUCGAUGAGUUGAAGGAUAAGAAGACAACGCUCAAAUCGACACUGUUGGACUGCAUCCAAUCCGGUCUGGAGCACCAUGACUCCGGUGUGGGAAUCUACGCUUCCGAUGCUGAGUGCUACGAGCUGUUUGCUCCACUGUUCAAUCCAAUCAUUGACGAAUAUCACGGAAUUACCCUGGCCGAUACUCCGCACCCGGCGAGCGAUUGGGGAGAUGCGGGAACGUUUGAAAAUCUUGAUCCGGAGAAUGAGUUCAUUAUUUCCACGAGAGUUCGCUGUGGUCGAUCGAUCGAAGGUUUCCCGUUCAAUCCGCGCCUCAAGAUGGCCAUGUACGAGGAGAUUAUGGACCGCAUCAAGACAGUGCUGGAAGGGUUGGAGGAGGACGAUUUGAAGGGAGAAUUUCACCCGCUGGAAACCAUGUGCGACGAGUUGAAGCAACAACUGAUCGAUGAUCACUAUUUGUUCAAGGAGGGCGAUCGCUUCCUACAGACAGCCAAUGCGUGUCGAUUUUGGCCGAUUGGCCGGGCAGUUUUCUACAACGAGGCGAAAACUUUCGUCGUUUGGGUGAACGAAGAAGACCAUUUGCGGAUCAUUUCGAUGGAAAAGGGUGGUGAUUUGGGCGGCAUUUAUCAACGCUUGGUUAAGGCAGUAGAGGUCAUUGGAAAAGACGUUGCGUUCUCUCGUAGUGAAAGCUUUGGCUUUUUAACCUUCUGUCCAUCCAACCUAGGGACCACCAUACGGGCAUCGGUGCACAUAAAACUACCUAAUCUUGGGUCAAAUCGGGAACAACUGGAAGAAGAAGCGGCCAAGUUCAAUCUUCAGGUACGUGGGACUCGUGGAGAGCAUACCGAGUCUGAAGGAGGGGUGUUUGAUAUCUCCAAUAAACGCCGGCUAGGUCUAACUGAGUUUGAAGCCGUCAGCGAAAUGUACAACGGUAUUAAGCAACUGAUUGACCUGGAAAAAUCAUCAGAAGGAGGGGAAGCUCAGAAAAAGGAAGAAUCACCAGAAGACGAAGCUGAGGGAGCAGAAAAUCCCGCCGAGUAAUGGCAAAGGCCAAGCUGUAUAUUAGAAAUCGCUUCUAUUCAUCCGUAGAAAAUUAUCAAUAUUUAAAAAUUACUUGAAGCUGAAUGGCAAUCUGUAGCUUUUGCGCAUACCAUUGUAACCUGAAGCAAUCAUUUAGUUAUUAAAUACACUGACCUGAUGCACUCGUAUCGAAAUCGGUUCACACCGGUUUCUAACACUAAUGCACAAUGCAAAGUUAUAUAGAAAAAUAUAGUCACCUCAAAUGAUCCAGAGGAGAAAUUGAAAAUAGA